GCAAAGAACAAGUCAUGUCUGGUCGUGGCAAAGGAGGCAAGGGGCUCGGCAAAGGAGGCGCCAAGCGCCACCGCAAGGUUCUCCGAGACAACAUCCAGGGCAUCACCAAGCCCGCCAUCCGACGCUUAGCUCGCCGAGGCGGAGUCAAGCGCAUCUCGGGGCUCAUCUAUGAAGAAACGCGCGGAGUGCUCAAGGUCUUCCUAGAGAACGUCAUCCGCGAUGCGGUCACUUAUACGGAGCACGCCAAGAGGAAGACUGUCACGGCCAUGGAUGUGGUCUACGCCCUGAAGCGGCAGGGACGCACUCUGUACGGCUUCGGAGAGAAGAACUCUGCCAUGUCUGGACGCGGGAAGCAAGGAGGCAAAGCUCGGGCUAAGGCCAAGUCUCGCUCUUCGCGGGCCGGCCUGCAGUUCCCGGUCGGCCGCGUGCACCGCCUGCUUCGGAAAGGCAACUACGCCGAGAGAGUCGGCGCCGGGGCUCCGGUUUACAUGGCUGCCGUGCUCGAAUAUCUGACCGCCGAGAUCCUGGAGCUGGCGGGCAACGCGGCCAGGGACAACAAGAAGACGCGCAUUAUCCCUCGUCACCUGCAGCUGGCCAUUCGCAAUGACGAGGAGCUGAACAAACUCCUGGGCAAAGUGACCAUCGCGCAGGGCGGAGUCUUGCCAAACAUCCAGGCUGUUCUGCUGCCCAAGAAGACCGAAAGCCACAAGGCGAAAAACAAUUGGUAUUUGCUGCAAGAAGGAAUGGCUCGCACCAAGCAGACCGCUCGCAAGUCCACCGGCGGGAAGGCUCCGCGCAAGCAGCUGGCCACCAAGGCAGCUCGGAAGAGCGCACCGGCCACAGGCGGCGUGAAGAAGCCUCACCGCUACCGCCCGGGCACCGUCGCUCUGCGCGAGAUCCGCCGCUACCAGAAGUCCACGGAGCUGCUGAUCCGCAAGCUGCCUUUCCAGCGCCUGGUGCGCGAGAUCGCGCAGGACUUCAAGACGGACCUGCGCUUCCAGAGCUCGGCCGUGAUGGCUCUGCAGGAGGCCAGCGAGGCGUACCUGGUGGGGCUCUUCGAGGACACCAACCUGUGCGCCAUCCAUGCCAAGAGGGUCACCAUCAUGCCCAAAGACAUCCAGCUGGCGCGCCGCAUCCGUGGCGAGAGGGCUUAAAAGGGAGCCGCAGCCAGCCGCUCUCACUCUCCGCCACCCACCCACCCAAAGGCUCUUUUUAGAGCCACCACUCCUUCAAGAAAAAAGCUGAAGUCACAUUUCUGCCACGAUUGCGUGUGCCGCUUGGUGCUUUCGCAGUGUAUGUCGCCUUAGCCGUCCCUAUAGCCAUGUAAAAUGAAUCUUACUGGGGUGCCCGAGAAAUACCCGAAGAACUGCUAAACUAAAAUAGCUUCACUUUUCUUUCCCCCGCUUUAAAAAUUAGAUCUCGGACGUUCACAGCAUAAAAAUACAGAUAAACAAAACAGAAUAAACAUAUGCCAGUUAACCCCGAUUAAUGUGAACUUACAAGAGAAAGCCCACUGAGUACCAACAUCACCUAAAGCAAAAUUUUAGGCUCCAGGUAAGUUACAAAGUUUAUUGGCAAAGCCACUAAGGUUAGUAAAGCAGUUUUUCAUAGGAAUAGUGAUUCCGCGGUGCAAACGUGAAGUCCAUGUAGUGUACCCCCGCCCCAAA